GAAGGACUUCAGAUGGAAUGAUGAUUCCACAAUAUUCUGCAAGAACAGCAUUUAUUCUUCAAUUGGUUCUGUUUGUAAAAAGAUCCUCCGUUUUACUUAUUUUGCUCAAAAUCUCACUUUUCUACCUUCCGAAGUACUUGUUUAUGGAGUAUAAAGCUUAUUGCUUAUCAACAUAUAUCCUCUACCUGCUGAUUCAACUCAUGCAUAGCUCUGACUAAACUGGCGACUCAUUUUGGUGUCUGAUUACCAGCAUUAACAUUUUUAUUAUCCGUCUGGGGUGAAACGCUGAACAAAGGUCAGUGACCUGCAGACUGGAGACAAGACAACUUUCUCAGCAGCGUAAAUCGUCUGCUCCUCUACAAGGUUACCAGUGGUGAUGCUGGUUCUAACAAUAUCCCAGUCAUGGAGAGCAUGAAUAGAGGCCGUGGUCCCCGGCCGGUGACAAACAAUUUAAGGAUAAUCUGUUCAACUGGGACAGCGUUCUCUAGAAAUGAGUCAUUAUGUCAAUUCCUGCUGGGAGCCAGAUGAACCUCCACAGGAGAUAAGCUGACUUUUCAUUCACACACCAACCCAAAACAAAGUGCUCACUGUGUUUUAGCUUGUGUAAAAUGUUAAAUGCACAUUUACUGUAUGUUGGUUUCACACACUGAAAAACAAAACAUUCAUUUUGCACUGGAGUUAAGUAUGACAAUUCUUAGGAUUCCCACAGCCGAGUAAAUAAGGCCCAUUUCCCCUAUUUUUCCUCAAAAACACCCAUUUCCGUUUAACAAGGAUCAGACCUGUGGGUGGGGAAGGAGAGCAAUACGUUGCUGGGACCUUUUUUCAGAUCAGUUUAGAGCAAAUCUUGCUACAAUGCUGGACUAGAUGUGCAAAAUCUGCCACUGGAGUGUCAGGAAUUUCAAGCUUUGCUUCCAAAAGAGACGCAGUCAGAAGCCUGAAAGUGGGGAGAGAGCUGGACCCCACACACGUUUUUUUUUGUUUUUUUUUUCUAAGUGUAAAGCUGCAGUCAGAGUGUUGCUGUUCUUCCUGAGAAGCCUGCAGUCUUCUCAGAUGGGUCCUGCAUCCCCCAGCAGGACAUCUGCUGGUAGGCAACGCUCCCUCUUGGUUUCAGCCUCGGACAAGGAUGCCAAGAACACAGAAGAAAACUUUGCUCGGGUUUUGGGAAUUCUUGUGUGCCAGUGAUGACAGUGGAAAUGCCUGAAUCAAAGUGAGCAGGUGCAUCAGGAACAGAACACAGGAUUAUGCUGGCUGCAAUGAUUAAAACAGCACUGGUCUUCUUUUUGGUGCAAAGCACUGGAAACUUGGCGCUCAGCGCAGCGUGUUGGGAUGGACGCCUUUCAGGAUCGGGAAGAAACAGCAGCUGCACGCCCUCUCAGCCUUUCCUCCUGUUUGGUCAUGGCAAAUCAAUCCAUCGGAUGAGCCUGGAUGGAAAGAACCACAGACGGCUUGCUGCUGGAACAGGAAGCUCCAUUCUUCUCGAUUUUCAUUUCAGAGAAGAGAGACUUUACUGGGCCGACAGGCGCACCGGCAUCAUCUACAAAGCAUCGGUGCAAGGAGCACACAGACAGAAACUGUAUUCAUCUGACAAACACAUCUCUGGGCUCACAGUGGACUGGGUUGGGAACGGAGUAUUCUGGACGAGCAGCAGGAAGGGUCAAAUCAAGAAAAUGGAUUUAAAUGGAAAAAAUGAGAGGACAAUUUUAAGACAUUUGUCUCAACCAAGCUUUAUAAAUGUUGAUCCCACCCACAGGUUUUUGUUUUGGCUGUCUGGUGGAUCAGAAAUCCAGCGAUCUGAUCUCUCAGGUCAAAUGAAAAUGACGGUUUUAAAGCUGGAGGAGCAACUUGAGGUUCUGUCGGUCGACCAAGAAGACAAGCGGUUGUUCUGGGUUCAGCUCGGUCUCCAAGGAGAGCGACUCUUUGCUUCCUGUGAUUACAGUGGGAAUUCACUGCACAUCAUCGACCUGCCACUUCAGUCUCAGUCACUUGGAAUAUCUGUUUUUCUGGAGAACGUUUAUUACACUGAUGCUGCAGCCGGUGUUAUAAGAAAAAUAAACAAAUACACCGGAGGACGACCGGUGGAUGUUAAUGAUAAACCGAUGGUCAAACCUCCAGUGGACAUAAAGGUGGUCCAUCCCCUCAUCCAGCCAAUGGCAGAUACUUCCUCACCAUUUCCAGGCUGCAAUGACCAAAGUGGAAGCUGUGUGAAUGUGUGUUCCCGUUUAGAGGAGCUUGGGGUUUGCCAGUGCUCUGAAGGCUUUGCUCUCAGUAACCAUGGCACUCACUGUGAAGAUGUGAAUGAAUGUGCCCACUGGAACCACGGCUGCUCUCUUGGCUGUGAAAACAUCCCAGGCUCAUAUUUCUGCACCUGCCCCAAAGGAUACACCCUCCUGCCAGACGGGAGGACGUGCCAAGAAAUAACACCAUGUGGUGGCAUCAUGAAGUGUGGACAUGGUUGCAUAGCAACAGAACAUGGGGCCGUGUGUGUUUGUCCUGAGGGAUCCGUUCUACAGGAGGAUGGACACACUUGCACCGGUUGCUCUUCAGCAGACAGAGGUGGCUGCAGUCAGCUCUGUUCCUCCAUCACCCCGAGUCGCUGGGAGUGUGGAUGUCUUCCUGGGUACAGGCUCCAUCAAGAUGGCAAACGCUGCAUUGCAACUGGACCUCCUGCCUUUCUAAUUGUGGCCAAUCUGAUGGAUGUGAGAAGAAUGAACCCAGAUGGGACGGAGGAACAAACUCUGGUGAAGGAACCCAGAGGAACAAUCUUAGCUCUGGACUUUGACCCCGUCUACCACCGUGUCUACUUUGCCAGCAUCAGCCAGAGGACAAUAGAGCGGGUUGAUCUGAACACUGGCUCAAGAGAAGUUCUGAUCUCUGAUGGUUUGGACUCUCCAGAAGGACUGGCAAUCGAUUGGGUCCACCACAGGAUGUACUGGACCGAUAGAAGCAAGUCAGCUGUUGACUGCAGUACAUUAGAUGGACUGAAGAGGAAAACUGUUGUGAAAGAAGGGCUGGAAGAACCAAGAGGAAUUGCGGUUCAUCCCCAAGCGAAGAAGUUAUUCUGGACAGACACCGGCGCUCAGCCUGUGGUAGAAAGCGCCACUCUGGAGGGAAGCAGCCGUGUGAUCAUUGCCAGCACCGGCCUCAUGUCUCCCACUGGGCUGACCAUCGACUUCACUGAUGAUCGACUCUUCUGGUGCGACCAGAAGAGGGGCCUGAUAGAAACAGCUGCUUUGGAUGGUUCUGAUCGACGGGUCCUAAUGGAGAACCAAGUAGGACGUCCCUUUGACCUCGCAGUGUUUGAGGACAGGCUGUGGAUAUCUGAGUGGGAGCACCAACAGAUAAGGAGCGUCCACAAGCGGACAGGGCAGAAACUGCAGCGUAUCCAUGGCAGCUUGGUUCAGCCGGCAUCAGUGGUGGUGGUGCAUCCCCUCGCUAAGCCAGGAGCAAAUGUUUGUCUUCACCUGAAUGGAGGUUGUGCUCAGAAGUGUGAAAGCAACCUGGGACUCUCACAUUGCUCCUGUUUGCCUCACUUCACCCUGUCAGCUGAUGGAAAAAGCUGCUUGUCUGUCAGUUCUUCAAAUGUUACUGCAGAAUCUGGAGAUGAAACCUCUGACUUAACAUCUCUGAAAAACAAAACAUUACAUGAGGAGAGCAUCAUCCCACUGGUGGGUGAUAAUAGGAAGGCUGGUUUCAUCUCAGAUGGAGGUACUGAACCAGUUCUGUUCACAGAAAAGAUGAUUGCAGACCAGAAUGACUGUUACUCGCUCCACUGUGCUGUGAACGCCAGGUGUGUGCUGGAUGCUGAGAACCCUCGCUGUUUGUGUCAGGAAGGCUUUACAGGUGAUGGACAGACAUGUCUGGCACUGGAGAGCACUUCUCUGAAGGCAACAUCUCAACCCUCCAUGGAUGUGACCACCCGGCACCACAACAGCAACUCAGCAGAGAAAUGCCCAUCCAGCCAUGAUGCCUACUGUCUGUACCACGGAGUCUGUGUCUACUUCCCUGAGAUAAAGUCCUAUGCCUGCAACUGUGUCCGAGGCUACAUAGGGGAGAGAUGUCAGUUCAGUGACCUGGAAUGGUUGGAGCUCCAGCAGGCUGAGAAGGAGAAGGAGAGGAAUCUGGUCAUUGGAGGAUCCAUGGUGGCGCUCAUUUCCAUAAUUUCCAUCACAGCCUGUAUCACCUACUGUUUCCGAUCUAGGAGACUCGUCCUCAAACAAACCUCAGAGGAUAAUGUGAGUGAGAUCAGUGUGACUGAUGAGAGCAUGUCUGAGACGACCACCACCAGCGUUCCUCGUUUGAUAACAGAAGAUGGUGUGAACAAGGAGGCCAUCCAUCCAGAUCCAAGGAGAGCUGCCUGCUCACCAUGUGCUACAGGAUCAGGCAUCAAACCUAUGUCUGAACAGCAGGCAUCGAUCUUCAAACAUGACGAAGAAUACAGGAAUUUGAAGCUUCCAGACUCCACCACAGAGACCGCCCAGCCUGCCGCUCAUUGCUUCAGUCCUUCACUAUCAAACUUAAACACAGACAAUUCUUCAUCUGUCAAACCAGAAACACAGUAAUACCCCCAGGCCACAGUCACCUCCUUCCUAGCUCAGAAGAACCCAAAACAAAGCUGGACCGCUCUGUAACAUGUUUCUGUAAAUGCAAAACUGUAUUUAAUUAACUGCUACCAUGAUAGAAACCAGAGCUCUCAUAAAAAGUUAAACUUUAAAAGUAAAACUACUGAGCAUCUGGGCAUUGCUUUUCAGUGCUUGGUGGGUGCAUCCAAAUGGUCAGAUAAUUACUAACCUAAGUUUCAAGCAUAGGGCAAAGUGUCCAGACCGCAUCAUUUAUACAUUUGUAAUGCUUUACUGGGUCACUGAUGUGAUAUUUGAGUCUCAGCUGAAUCAUUUUCCUAGAAAAGGCAUACCAGUUUGGGAUAUUAUUUGCAAAAUUCUUAGUGUAAAAUAAUUAUGGAAAACCUUAUUGACAGUAAUAAACUUUAUGCUUCAGAACUGCCUACAUCUAUAAACCGGGAAUUAAUCAAUCAUGUGGAAAUAAUGACAAUAUUUUUUUAUUUUAUUGGUCAUUUUCUCAUUUUUGCAAGGUCAGACCAUGAGAGGUGUGCUUCAUGUAUAAUUUCCAUUCAAAAGUAGAAAUAUGAAGGUAGACUCUAUGAAGUCUGUUAUUCCAUCAGAACCAGGAAGACUGGAUUUUAUCCUGAUUAACUCUCCGUUCCAUGUGGUUUGCUAUCAGGUCACACAACAGAUAUGAUCUUUUUGUGAAUGUCUGGCAUUUACUGUAUGUGAUUAUGUUAAACUUCAGAUUUCCUCAAGCGCACAAGUCAGUAACUGUGACUCUUGCCAGCUUAAUGUCCAUUAGCAUUUGCAAAAGAAAAAAUAACAUAGUUUGAUUUUGUCCAAUUUUUUUUCUUAUUUUUUGAUAUUCAGUAAAAGUUAGAAAAUUUCAAAAUAAAAAUGAUCACUAAAACAAAUGGCUUCAUUGUUGAGUAAAGUUUAAGCUCUGAGAGUUUUCUCUUUUGAACACUUUUCAUUCAGACCCUGGUGGAUAAAAAAAAAUCACCUGAACUUCUUACAAUUAAAUCCUAAAAAUACAAAAUCUGUUUACUAUUUGAAUUCACUUAAAAUGGUUUUACCAUUUAAACCAUUUAAACAAGUUAAAGUCAACACAGCCAGCUAUAUACAACUAAGGUAGUGUGCUUGUAGGACUUUGCCACAAUUAACAGUUAUGCCUGUAUAUAAAUAACAUUACAUCUAUUAGAAGUAUAAGGUUUAUUUUUAUAGGUGGCUCGAUGGUUGGUCAGUUCUACUGAGAUUUAUGUUUUGAAAACUUCAAGUAUUUCAAGUUUGGUUAGAAAAAAGAAUCUUGUUGCUCCUUGGUUAAAUCCAAACAGACUAUUACAACUUUUUUUUUUAACAGAAAAAGGUAAAAGAAAUGUAGAAUGAUCAAUUUUAUGUACAUUGUGCUCAGUGAUGACUAUUGAAUAUUUUUGUUUUAGACAUCAAUAAACUUCAUAUUUCUAUUUUAUCAAUAAAUUGACUGAC